CAAAUCAUGUCUGGCAUUGCAUUGAGCCGGCUUGCCCAGGAGCGCAAAGCAUGGCGGAAGGAUCAUCCUUUUGGAUUUGUUGCUGUACCAACAAAAAACCCGGACGGAACAAUGAAUCUCAUGAACUGGGAGUGUGCCAUCCCUGGCAAAAAAGGGACUCCGUGGGAAGGAGGCCUUUUCAAACUGCGCAUGUUGUUCAAGGACGACUAUCCGUCGUCGCCUCCAAAAUGUAAAUUUGAGCCUCCUCUCUUUCAUCCAAAUGUGUAUCCAUCAGGCACAGUAUGCCUUUCUAUCCUAGAGGAAGACAAGGACUGGAGACCGGCCAUUACAAUAAAGCAGAUCCUAUUAGGUAUUCAAGAACUCCUAAAUGAGCCCAAUAUCCAGGAUCCAGCCCAAGCAGAGGCUUACACAAUCUACUGCCAAAACAGAGUAGAUUACGAAAAAAGAGUCCGAUCACAAGCCAAAAAGUUCUGUCCCUCGUAA